CCCCUUUGGCGUCUGCGCAGAAGCUUCGGCUCCCCUCCCCCUCCGCUAUUUUUCUCGGUGGCGGCGGCCACGAGCGGAAGUUCUUGGACGUACCAGUUCCGUCUGUGUGUUCGAGUGGACAAAAUGGCGAAGAUCGCCAAAACUCACGAAGAUAUUGAAGCACAGAUUCGAGAAAUCCAAGGGAAGAAGGCAGCUCUUGAUGAAGCUCAAGGAGUGGGCCUUGAUUCUACAGGUUAUUAUGACCAAGAAAUUUAUGGUGGUAAUGACAGCAGAUUUGCUGGCUAUGUGACAUCUAUCGCAGCAACUGAAUUAGAAGAUGAUGAUGAUGACUAUUCCUCAUCCACAAGCCUGCUUGGCCAGAAGAAAUCAGGAUAUCAACCCACAGUGGCAUUGCUUAAUGACAUACCACAGUCAACAGAACAGUAUGACCCAUUUGCUGAACAUCGCCCUCCAAAGAUUGCAGACCGCGAAGAUGAAUAUAAAAAGCACAGGCGAACUAUGAUAAUUUCUCCAGAGCGUCUUGAUCCUUUUGCAGAUGGAGGCAAGACACCUGAUCCUAAAAUGAAUGCUAGGACAUACAUGGAUGUUAUGCGAGAACAGCAUUUGACUAAAGAAGAGAGGGAAAUUAGGCAACAGCUAGCGGAAAAAGCUAAAGCUGGAGAACUUAAAGUUGUCAAUGGUGCAUCAUCCCAGCCUCCAUCAAAACGCAAAAGGCGUUGGGAUCAGACAGCUGAUCAGACUCCUGGUGCAACUCCAAAAAAGCUCUCAAACUGGGAUCAAGCAGAGACUCCUGGGCAUACACCUUCUUUGAGGUGGGAUGAGACACCUGGUCGUGCAAAGGGUAGUGAGACACCUGGAGCAACACCUGGCUCAAAAAUAUGGGAUCCUACUCCUAGCCAUACUCCAGCAGGAGCUGCCACUCCUGGACGUGGUGAUACACCUGGUCAUGCAACACCAGGCCAUGGAGGUGCAACUUCAAGUGCACGUAAAAACAGAUGGGAUGAGACUCCUAAAACUGAGAGAGAUACUCCUGGUCAUGGAAGUGGUUGGGCUGAGACUCCUCGUACAGAUCGUGGUGGAGAUUCAAUUGGUGAAACACCAACUCCUGGAGCAAGCAAAAGAAAGUCACGUUGGGAUGAAACACCAGCUAGUCAGAUGGGUGGGAGCACUCCUGUUCUGACUCCUGGUAAAACACCAAUUGGCACACCUGCUAUGAACAUGGCAACACCCACUCCAGGUCACAUAAUGAGCAUGACUCCUGAACAACUUCAGGCAUGGAGAUGGGAGAGAGAAAUUGAUGAAAGAAAUCGUCCUCUUUCUGAUGAAGAGCUGGAUGCUAUGUUCCCAGAAGGAUAUAAGGUACUGCCUCCUCCAGCUGGCUAUGUUCCUAUUCGUACUCCAGCUCGAAAGCUUACAGCAACUCCUACACCUUUAGGUGGCAUGACUGGAUUCCACAUGCAAACUGAAGAUAGGACUAUGAAAAGUGUUAAUGACCAACCAUCUGGAAAUCUUCCAUUUUUAAAACCUGAUGAUAUUCAAUACUUUGAUAAACUGUUGGUGGAUGUAGAUGAAUCAACACUUAGUCCAGAAGAACAAAAAGAGAGAAAAAUAAUGAAAUUGCUUUUAAAAAUCAAGAAUGGUACACCUCCAAUGAGAAAGGCUGCAUUGCGUCAAAUCACUGACAAAGCACGUGAAUUUGGAGCUGGGCCUUUGUUUAAUCAGAUUCUUCCAUUGCUGAUGUCUCCAACACUUGAAGAUCAAGAGCGUCAUUUGCUUGUAAAAGUUAUUGAUAGAAUUUUGUACAAGCUGGAUGAUUUGGUUCGACCAUAUGUGCAUAAGAUCCUUGUGGUUAUUGAACCACUAUUGAUUGAUGAAGAUUACUAUGCCAGAGUGGAAGGCAGGGAAAUAAUUUCAAAUUUGGCCAAGGCUGCUGGCCUAGCGACCAUGAUUUCCACUAUGAGACCUGAUAUUGAUAAUAUGGAUGAAUAUGUCCGUAACACAACAGCUCGAGCUUUUGCUGUUGUUGCCUCUGCCUUGGGCAUUCCUUCUCUGUUGCCCUUCUUGAAAGCUGUGUGUAAGAGCAAGAAAUCCUGGCAGGCGAGGCAUACUGGUAUUAAGAUUGUGCAGCAAAUUGCUAUUCUUAUGGGUUGUGCUAUCCUCCCUCACCUCAGAAGUUUAGUUGAAAUCAUUGAGCAUGGUCUUGUGGAUGAACAACAGAAAGUCCGGACCAUUAGUGCUUUGGCUAUUGCUGCUCUGGCUGAAGCAGCUACUCCUUAUGGCAUUGAAUCUUUUGAUUCUGUGUUAAAGCCUCUGUGGAAAGGUAUCCGCCAGCACAGAGGAAAGGGCUUGGCUGCUUUCUUGAAAGCUAUUGGAUACCUUAUUCCUCUUAUGGAUGCAGAAUAUGCAAACUACUAUACUAGAGAAGUCAUGUUAAUCCUUAUCAGAGAAUUCCAGUCUCCUGAUGAAGAAAUGAAAAAAAUUGUGUUGAAGGUGGUAAAGCAGUGCUGUGGGACAGAUGGUGUAGAAGCAAAUUACAUCAAAACGGAGAUUCUUCCUCCAUUUUUCAAACAUUUUUGGCAACACAGAAUGGCUUUGGACCGAAGAAAUUACAGACAGUUAGUAGAUACCACAGUGGAAUUGGCAAACAAAGUAGGUGCAGCAGAAAUUAUUUCCCGGAUUGUGGAUGAUCUGAAAGAUGAGGCUGAACAGUACAGGAAGAUGGUUAUGGAAACUAUUGAGAAAAUAAUGGGCAACUUGGGUGCAGCAGAUAUAGAUCACAAACUUGAAGAGCAACUUAUUGAUGGCAUCCUUUAUGCCUUUCAGGAACAAACCACAGAGGACUCAGUGAUGUUGAAUGGUUUUGGCACAGUGGUCAAUGCCCUUGGCAAAAGAGUCAAACCAUACUUGCCCCAGAUUUGUGGUACAGUUUUGUGGCGUUUGAACAACAAAUCAGCCAAAGUUAGACAACAGGCUGCUGACCUCAUCUCUCGUACUGCUGUUGUUAUGAAAACUUGUCAGGAGGAAAAAUUGAUGGGACAUUUGGGUGUUGUCUUGUAUGAAUACUUGGGUGAAGAGUACCCUGAAGUGUUGGGAAGCAUCCUGGGAGCACUGAAGGCCAUUGUGAAUGUAAUAGGUAUGCACAAGAUGACUCCACCAAUUAAGGACUUACUGCCAAGGCUUACACCUAUCUUAAAGAACAGACAUGAGAAAGUACAAGAAAACUGUAUUGAUCUUGUUGGACGUAUUGCUGACAGGGGAGCAGAAUAUGUCUCUGCAAGAGAAUGGAUGAGAAUUUGCUUUGAACUUCUAGAAUUGUUAAAAGCUCAUAAAAAAGCUAUCCGGAGAGCCACAGUCAACACAUUUGGUUAUAUUGCAAAAGCCAUUGGACCACAUGAUGUGUUGGCCACACUGCUAAACAACCUCAAAGUUCAAGAAAGACAGAACCGAGUAUGUACUACAGUUGCCAUAGCUAUUGUAGCAGAGACAUGUUCACCCUUCACAGUCCUGCCUGCACUAAUGAAUGAAUAUCGAGUUCCUGAACUGAAUGUUCAAAAUGGUGUUUUAAAAUCACUUUCUUUCUUGUUUGAAUACAUUGGAGAAAUGGGAAAAGACUAUAUUUAUGCUGUCACACCAUUACUUGAAGAUGCUUUGAUGGACAGAGAUCUUGUACAUAGACAGACUGCUAGUGCAGUGGUGCAGCACAUGUCUCUUGGGGUUUAUGGAUUUGGUUGUGAAGAUUCUCUUAAUCAUUUGUUGAAUUAUGUAUGGCCUAAUGUAUUUGAGACAUCUCCCCAUGUUAUUCAAGCAGUUAUGGGAGCCCUGGAAGGCCUAAGAGUUGCUAUUGGACCAUGUAGAAUGUUGCAAUACUGUUUGCAGGGUUUGUUUCACCCAGCCAGAAAAGUCAGAGAUGUAUACUGGAAGAUUUACAAUUCUAUCUACAUUGGUUCACAGGAUGCACUCAUAGCACAUUAUCCCAGGAUCUACAAUGAUGAAAAAAACACCUAUAUUCGUUAUGAACUUGACUAUAUCUUAUAAUUUUAUUUGUUUGUUUUUGUGUUUAAUGCACAGCUGUUCCACACCUUAAACUUGCUUCAAUUCGGUGAUGUAAAAUUUUAAACAUUGCAGAUCAGCGUAGAACUGGUCAUAGAAGAAGAGCUAGAAAUCCAGUAGCAUGAUUUUUAAAUAACCUGUCUUUGUUUUUGAUGUUAAACAGUAAAUGCCAGUAGUGACCAAGGACACAGUGAUUACACACAAUUUACUGGAGGGAUUUCAUUUUGAAUUCAUCUUUAUGAAGAUUUAGAUUUCAUUCCUUGUGUUUAAAGGGGAUGUUUAUUUGAAAAAUAAACAUUUGUGUACAAAAUGCUAAUUUGUGUGUGUUUUUUGAACAUGGAGACUUGUAAAAUGAGGAACUUUAAGUGUUGGUUUGUGUAGGUUGAGUGGCAUAAUUUAACUUGUCACCUAAAUUUUAUUUUAAAAGGCAAGAAAAAUGCACAUUUCUCUUAAGUGUGACAAAUGUGUUUGUCAAAAGUGAUACAAUCCCAUUGUUUCCCCCUUAUUUCAGGGUAAGAAAGCUUUGGGAGUUACUCUUGACUCUGAAAAUAGCAUAACCAUUCCACCAUGAAGGUUCAUUCAUUGUCACCACAGAAAGAGCACCUUUACUGAUUUGUCUUGAAUAACAUUUUGCACUUACAUAGCGCCUUUCAUCUCUUAAUGAUCUCAAAAUGCUUUUAUAGACAAGCAUUGUUAAAACAAAUGUUGAAAGUUGUAUCCAACUUUUGAUAACAAAUAACCAAUUUACUGUAGGAAAACCUGACUAAAUUUUUAAGGGUAUCUUCUACUGCAAAGUAUUUUUAUCUAUUGUGAGGGAGAUAAUCUUCAAAUAACUGAAAUAAUAAAAGAGAAAGUUUUCAGUCUCCCAAGUGUGACAGAGUCAGAUAUCUAUUUGAUCAUUCUUGAUUCAAUAUUAUAGAUACCAAUGAAAUCAGUUUUUUCUGCUUCACAUUUGUUUUGCAUUAGGCACUUAUUAGCUAAUGAAUGAAUUUUCAAAUUUCAAGCCGGACUGAAAUAUACACCAUUUUUGGAGGGGACCAGCACUAAAUAAGUGCCAUUCUCUAAUAAGCAAUAUUUUAGAAAAGGUUGUUCUCUACCUCCCCCUAUAGCUUCUCUGCUCUUGCGUUUUUGUGGUCCAGCAUCCCUCAUUUAAGGUUUUGGCUUUACCCAUGGCUUUUUUGCCCUUAUGUUAGUAUUUAGGUAAGUAUGAGAUAUAGUGGGAGAGAAAAUGCUCAUGGCACUGUAAGGCAAUAUUUUUCCCACUUUGUCUAAUACUAGCCACUUAGUAUACUAGCUUUUUGAAAUGUGUUUUGUUAGCUUUAGAAGAGAGAAGUAUGGCAAUAGUAUUAAGUUUACUUCUACAGAAUUGCUAUUUGGGCAGUAAAAUUUGAACUGUGGUUGUCAUGCAUGGAAUAGUUUCUGGCAGUGACCCAUUAAUAUAUGUUACAUGACUCUUCCCUACCUCCCACCAUCCCCACACUCAGUUAUGUAUGUUCUGAAAUGAUCUUCACAUACUUCUUGUAGCAAAUAUUGAUAAUAGUAGGUAGAAAUGGCAUAAUUGUUAAAAUCAUGCUAUUAAUAAUGGCUGGUGUCAAAUUAGCAUCAAAAUUGAUCAUGAGACUUGAAGAAAAGAUUACAAAGCCAAUUUGGAAUAUGCUAGGUUUUGCGUGCAAUAUGUUCUUUUCAACUGUGGCAGAAUUUGAAAAUAUAAUUCAAGUACUCCUCAUGUACCUACUAUGUGCUGAGCACCUUGCUACAUACGUGAAAGUAUCUAUGCAUUUGUUGUGGCAAAAUAGAGCACAGGAGACUACUACACCAUAAGUGACUUUAUAAAUGCAGAGAAUUUGUGGGCACAGACAGGGGAAGUCCUAAAGGAUGCAAUCUUAAACAUCUGGACCAAACAAAGGCUCAAGAGUUCCUUAAGAGUUAAACUAUUGUUUUGUAUGCUUAUUAUUGAACAAGAAAAGCAUUUUGUGAAAGUGAAAGACGCUAUGUGAAGUUAAAUUCUCUUCUCCAAACUUCUUUCCCACUUUGUUUUGAUGUUCCUAAAGCUAAACUUAAACAAGGGCAGAAAUUAAUGUAAUGGGGAAAGUGGGUGGGUUCUUUUCUGCACUUUUGUUGGUUCCUUUGUGGGCCUUUGCCCUCUCAAUUAAUCUCUUUGGCUGUUCAAUUUUUUCUUAUUGUAUUUUUAAAAUUUGUUGUAUAGUACCCUGUGACCAUCAGGCACCAUCAGAUAAAUAAAACUUAUUAUAUCUAA